AUGGAUCAUGGGACCUGUAACGUGAUAUAUCUGGAUCGGCGGGCGGACAACGAGAUAGUAAGAAGGGACAACAUAUCAAGGUCUUUGGCGUCGAGACGGGCAAGUGCUGUUAGCGACACCCCAGGUUACUUUCACUUCGCAAAAUCGGAUGGAGGAGAAAUUCAUGGCAACCUCGAGACUCUGCUAUCGAUUUUCCAAGAGAUCCACGUUGUCAACUCGGGCGCUGCAUGUCUAUCUAAGAUAUCCCAUCUGAACGAAUCGUCGAUUGACCAUAAACCUACGGUAGUCCUAAUAGAUGUCCCUUACGACGAAGAGCAGCGAUGGAAGCGGUUAUCACGGGAGCCACGAACCCCUUCACCAAACGCGACGAGGCAUGUAGCCGCCGUGAUUGAGCCAGAAAUGCCUGGUGAUAUCUACGGCAUGCAUCUACUACUCCAUGUGUCGUCCGAAAUACAGCAGCAUAGCCUCUCUCGACUAAUUGUUCCAGUUGUUGUGGUGAGCGGACAGGACGAAAGGCUGGCCUCAUUACCGGUUCUACAGUCCCCCAGCGUCCUUGGUUCGCAAGCCGGCAUGACGGACACCAUGCGGCUAAUCCGCUAUCUCGACGCCGGAGCUGUUGAUGUCUACUCAAGUCCUCUACAUAAGGACCAUGUGCACAGUCUCGCUGUGCACGCGUACAGAGUCCAUAAAGAAGUGGCCAAAGAAGAGCCACAGUUCUUAGUCAAUCGGCGGAGCCGAAAGAUGUCAUGGGUGGGCGUCAACGAGCAAAAGCCGUAUGCGUAUCUCAGAGAGGCCAUGGUGUCCGGUCUGCUGCAAGGGAUAUGCAAUCCAGAAAACGUAACAGACUCGAUAAACCCCAACGACGUCAAUGUUACUCCGGCGAGACAGCAAAUAGUCGCCGAAGCCGUCGGCUCCUGGUCCUUUUCAGCACACGACUUCAACGAUGACGAGCUUUUGCUUGGCGCGCUGGCAAUGCUACAGCACGCGCUUACUAUGCCAGAACUUCAGGAUUGGCAUAUGGAUUCUGAUGAAUUGCUCAUCUUCCUCCUCGCAAGCCGGACCGCUUACAACGAAUUUGUUCUCUAUCACAACUUCCGCCAUGUCGUCGACGUUCUCCAAGCAUUGUUUACAUUCCUCGUCCAGAUAGGGACGCUACCUCCAUACCCACCAGGUAGCACACCACAAAGUGGCUUGCCUCACUCAGCGAUCGGAAAUCUACUGAAGCCUUUCGAUGCUCUUACUUUGCUCAUCUCCGCAAUCGGCCACGAUGUCGGACAUCCAGGCGUCAACAACGCCUUCCUGGUCGCGCUCAACUCCCCGCUCGCUCAGCUGUACAAUGAUCGAUCCGUUCUCGAGUCCUUCCACUGUGCCGCGUACUCACAAAUACUGCGGCGCUACUGGCCUUCUGUAUUUGCGGAUAUUGGAAUGCGGAAAUUGAUGAUCAACAGUAUUCUUGCGACAGAUAUGGGCCUGCAUUUCAAGUAUAUGUCGGAUCUUGGCAACCUGCAGGAUAAGCUUGCGCACAACAACUUCACGACCGACGGGUGGAGUGUGAAAGUCUGCGAAGAGUACAAAGAUUUGGCUUGUGGAUUGUUGAUCAAGUGCGCCGACAUCAGCAAUGUGGCGCGCAGAUUCCACGUUGCCGCUCAGUGGGCUAUCAUCCUCACGGAUGAAUUCUCCCACCAAGGAAUGAUGGAGACCGAGCUCGGCAUUCCGACGUGCUUGUUCGGUGGACCGCCGGAGCGCGACAACCCGAUCAAAAUGGCCCAGUCUCAGAUCGGCUUCAUGAACAUCUUCGCUCGCCCGCUAUUCGAAGCAGUCACAGAAAGUCUGGGAAGGUCGGAUCGAGGAGCAGAAAGAGAAGAUGGCUGA